AAUAAUUCGCAUUGACUGCUAGUUGUUCGUGUUAUCACCAAUUAUCAUGCGUGAUAACGAUAUGCAUUCGCGAGUGUAUACAUGACUGAUCGUUCAACCUUGACAAAGACUAUCGCGACGACGAGGACGAGGGUGCCGUGGUGGCACGCAUUGAACAGCUGAUUGACAUAUCGACUCGCAUCACGCAGAGUCCAAAUCGGCGGUCGUCAUCUCUAGUCACAGGCCGUCAUGGCGGGUUUUGUGCUUCGGGUGAAGGCCAAAUCCGGUCAAAAGGUCGUCAACGGUCUCACAGCUCACGAUAAGGUGUCACAGCUGAAGGCGAAGCUCGCCGAGCUCACCGGCGUGCCAGUAGCUAGCCUCCACGUGCUCACUGGCUUCCCGCCGAAGCCUGUCGACCUGAAUGCCACUGACGCAACUAUUGAGCGUGUCGGCAUCGUCUCCGGGGACACCCUCAUCGUCGAGGAGAAGCAGAUCGUGUCCAAUGGACUUGAGCAGAGGCGCGACGAUUUUGGCCGAUCGCAUAUUGUGGACCAGGAAAGUUUUGUCAAUGCGCCUGGCGUUCUUAUGAGAAAGGUUGUGCCUGCGGAUAAUUCCUGCCUCUUCACCAGCGUAGGUUAUGUCUUGAAUGGAAAAGUGGACACUAGUUGUGCCAGCUUUAUGAGAGAGAUCAUAGCAAACUCAGUGGCAGCGGAUCCAGAGGAAUAUUCCGAGGCGUUUCUCGGCAGACCCAAUCCUGAGUACUGCAAGUGGAUCCUGAAGUCUGAUUCCUGGGGUGGUGCUAUCGAGUUGUCAAUCCUGUCCAAAUUCUAUGGCCUGGAAAUUGCGGUGAUCGACAGCAUCAACGCGAUCAUUAACAGAUUUGGGGAGGAUCAGCACUAUGCUCAACGAGUCUUUCUCAUAUUCGACGGUAUCCAUUACGAUCCGCUUUACCUGGAGCCACUUGAUGGCGGUAGCAUCCAAACGAUCUUUCCUACCGAAGACGAGAGGAUGUUGCUAGAGGCAGCUCAGCUCGCGAGGGAGGCAAAAUCGAGUCGUCAGUUUACGGAUGUUCAAAAAUUUACACUGAUGUGCAUUGAUUGCAAGAUCAAACUGAACGGACAAGCGGCAGCACAACAGCACGCUAAAGACACUGGCCACAAGAAUUUUGGCGAGGUAGCGGCGUAGCCCUGCAUCAUCACACACACAUACACAGCCCAAUUUUAUUCUGAUUAUCUUUGACCCUAAACAGUAAACAAGCGGCCUUCAACAUUUGCUUCUUUGGUCUGCAAAAAUUAAAUUUACACAUUAUUCUCAUUAUAUACUAUUGUAAUUUGAACACAAGCACUUUAUCGCUAUAGAUUCUUAAUGCGAAACGUGAUGGAAGGUUUCAUGUAUGAGAGAAGAGGAGAAAACAUGUGAUAUUAUUUGUGUAAAAAUUUUAUUGAACAUCUACUUGUUGAGCUAAAUUAUUAGUAAUUCUAUUCUAGACAAUUGGAUCAUUUUUUGCUGAUAUUUUAAAUUAUAUUUUAGGCAUAUUUAUGCAAUAUAUUGUUAUAUUUAUAUUAAAGUAAUUGUAUUUCUAGGAAAAUGUUUCAUACUGUUUAGGAUUAAAGGAUUGCCGUUUUGUAGCUAAGCGUGAUGAGCUAGUAAUGUUUUCUACUCGAGCGAGCCGUUUGCUGAUAGCGACACUUUAUCAUUAGUGCGGAUCAUUGCGGUGCACUACCAAGGAUUGUUAAUACGCAUAAUACACGGGUUAUUGACUUUUAAA